ACAAAUUGGACCCCUUCCUACUUCACUAUUUUCUCUUCCAUACCAGGAAGCACGACUUAAGACCGUCCAAUUUUUGUCUGUUGUGUCCUUCAACUCCAAGCUUAAAUUACCCCCAAAAAAUCCGGACUUUAAUGAUAAGCCACUUCUUAAUCAUCCAUCCACUAAUAUUUUUAUUCCUAAAUUAGAACAUUCUUGUGCUCUUCAUUUGAAUCAAACCCAAUCUCAGGGACACAGCUGAAGAAAAUAAACACUUUGCAGCCUCUCUCCUUCAGUCCUUGUUCAAAAUCCCAAAGCUUUUUCUCAGGCUACAAUAUAAGACCACUUCAUGGUUUUGUAGCAGGUGGGCUUUUCUUGUUUGACAAGGGCCUCUCACCAAAAUAUCUUUUCUUUCUCUUUCUUUUCUUGAUCUACCACAAUAACCCCAAGAAAUGUUUGGAACUCAAAGCCAAAGAGACCUCCCCUUAGAAUUCCAAUCCCAAAUACCAAUUUUGAGGCCUAGCAUCCAUACCAGGAGGGCUAAUCUUACAGUAAAGUUCCAAGACCUUUAUGGGUUCACAGUAGAAGGGAAUGUAGAUGAUGUUAAUGUGUUGAAUGAGGUGAGAGAGAAGGUGAGGCAACAAGGACGGGUGUGGUGGUCAUUGGAGGCUAACAAAGGUGCAAAUUGGUACUUGCAGCCUUCCAUAUCUGAAGGAAUUGCCCUUAAAUCUUCGCUAAAAUUUUCAGCUUUGGCCAAUGCCAUUACUUUGAAGAGGCUGAUUAGGAAGGGAAUUCCACCUGUUCUUCGGCCCAAGGUGUGGUUUUCGUUAUCUGGGGCGGCCAAGAAGAAGUCCACGGUACCUGAGAGCUAUUACAACGAUUUGAUAAAGGCCACUGAGGGCAAGGUCACCCCUGCCACUAGGCAGAUUGAUCAUGACCUGCCCCGUACCUUCCCAGGUCACCCAUGGUUGGACACCCCAGAGGGUCAUGCUGCUCUUCGACGUGUCCUUGUUGGGUAUUCUUUCCGUGAUUCUGAUGUUGGCUACUGUCAGGGCUUAAAUUAUGUUGCAGCAUUGUUACUGCUUGUGAUGAAAACAGAGGAAGAUGCAUUUUGGAUGCUAGCAGUCCUCUUGGAAAAUGUGUUGGUUAAUGACUGCUAUACAAAUAAUUUAUCAGGAUGCCAUGUUGAACAAAGAGUUUUCAAGGAUUUCCUCGCUAAAAAGUGCCCAAGGAUAGCAAUGCAUUUGGAAGCAAUGGAGUUUGAUGUCUCCCUUGUUGCCACUGAGUGGUUUCUCUGCCUCUUUUCCAAAAGCUUGCCUUCAGAGACUACUUUAAGGGUAUGGGAUGUCCUUUUCUACGAGGGGGCUAAAGUUAUUCUUCAUGUGGCUUUGGCAAUCUUUAAGAUGAAGGAAGAGCAGUUGCUCAUAACCCACCAUGUUGGUGAUGUAAUUAGUAUUCUGCAGAGAACUACUCAUCACCUGUUUGAUCCAGAAGAGCUAUUGACGGUGGCAUUUGAUAAGAUAGGUUCAAUGACAACCAACAAUAUAUCAAAGCAAAGGAAAAAGCAAGAACCAGCAGUGAUGAAGGAACUCGAUCAGAGAUUUAGACGGCUAAAUUCCCUAAAGUUGGAUGACAAAUAACAUUUGCAGCAUCACAAGCAGAUGAAACUGCAAAAAUGCCGGACGAUCUAGUGGGGGAGCUUUUCGUUCCUCCCCUAGGGAAGAAACUGAAUUUGUUGUGUCUCUUCUCUCCUCUGUGUUUCUGUAAAAGAAACAACCAAGCAAAGGGAGUGUCUGUUGUCUAUUAGGAUGUUGUAGUAGAUGAUCAAUGUAAAUUUCUAACUGUUAUCAUAUACGUGUGGUUAGAUACACUGCAAAUUCGGGCAUUGUUGCGUUUUAGUGCCCUGUAAUUUUUGCUUCAAAUGUUGUGUCUACAACUUUCACUCAAUGAAAUUCAAUUUGUUCUAGAAA